GUUGGCACCGACAUUGGGCGGCUGUUGCUUGGGAGAGCGGCUGUGUUCGGCUACGGAGUUAGCAAAAUAAAUAAAUAAAUCUGAGAGGGGGGGGGGGUGUCAGACAUUGGAUGAGUACGACUUGGAAAAGUCUGCCAGCUGAAAGAUGUUCAGGAUGGAGAUACACGUUUGGCUGAUGGCCUUUUGUGUCAUUGUCACGUCUGCACCCCAGUGGCGCAGGGACCCCAAGCUGGACAAAUACUGGGAAUUAUGGAUGAAGAAAUAUGGCAAAGAAUACCAAAAUACGAAUCAGGAAGAGCUGCGCCGAAUGACGUGGGAAAAGAACAUACAAUUUAUCACACUGCACAAUCUCGAAUAUUCACUGGGCCUGCAUUCUUAUGAACUUGGCAUGAAUAACUUAGGAGAUAUGACCAGCAAAGAAGUGUCAAUGCUCCUGACCGGCUUGAAAAUCCCAUCCUGGUGGAACCGAAAUUCCACGUCGCACAAAUCCAUCGUAGGCACCUGGAUCCCUGAGUCCAUAGACUGGAGGGACAAAGGAUACGUCACGAGUGUUAAAGACCAGUAUUCGUGCGGCGCUUGCUGGGCCUUCAGCGCCGUGGGGGCCCUGGAAGCUCAGUUAAAACGCAAGACUGGGAAACUGGUGUCACUUAGCUCCCAGAAUCUGGUCGAUUGCUCCAAUCUCUACGGGAACCACGGCUGUAACGGAGGUUACAUGCCUGCUGCUUUCCAGUAUAUCAUAGAUAAUAAAGGAAUCAACUCCGAGGAUUCCUAUCCAUAUAAGGCCAAGGAUGGGCUAUGUCGCUAUAAUCCCGCUGCGAGGGCUGCUACCUGUUCGAAAUAUACCUUGCUUCCAUCUGGAAACGAGACUUACCUGAAGGAUGCUGUAGCCAACAUUGGACCAGUGUCGGUGGCCAUCAACGCAAACCAGCCAACAUUCUUUCUCUAUAAGCAAGGAGUUUAUAAUGAUGCCAAAUGCACCAGUCAGCAUUUGAACCAUGCCGUCCUCGUGGUUGGAUACGGAAAGGAGAAUGGCAUGGAUUACUGGCUUGUGAAGAACAGCUGGGGAAUCAAUUUUGGCCAUGAAGGCUAUAUUAAAAUUGCCAGAAAUCAAGGGAAUCGCUGUGGCAUCGCCAGUUACUGCUCGUAUCCGAUCAUUUAGAUGGCAUCUAAAUUUUGCAGAAGCCCUCUUAGGCAGCUAAUCUUAGCCUUUAUAUAUAUAUAUAUAUAUAAAACUGUUGCAUUUGGAAAGAGCGAUUGAUUGCCAAAACCCAGAUCUUCCAUCCGGCUCCACCUGGUAGAUCUAAGGCAAGCAGCCCACACGAGGGUUUAUCUGGGUUUAGUUUGGAAUUUUCUAACGAUCCCUGGGGCACUGCCCAGCUUAAAUCAGUUAAUCAGGUAAUGUCUACCAAUCUGCUUUGAACAAGCAAAGAGCCCAGGAUAAUUGACAGGGAUUUCCAUUUCGGGCCACCUGAAAACGGGAUGGCGUCCAGAAUCUGCAUUCAGGAGUGUAAAGCAAAAUCUUCUUUAAAGUUUCGGCUAUUUGCAAGACGGUUUCUCACCUGGAAAGAAUCAAAAGCAUACAAGUUGAACUUGGGACUCAUUUUAACACCAGGAAGAAAAGAACAUUUUCACUGCUUGGAGCCACUGCAUG